AUGUCCAGAUUGUCCAGUGUCGCCAAGACUUCCCUUAUGGCCGCCCGCGCACAGGCCGCGUCGUCGAUGAGAAUGGCCUCCGGCAGCUCGGGCGCCAAGACCAUGACCGUCAGAGACGCCUUGAACUCGGCCAUCGCCGAGGAGUUGGACCGCGACGACGACGUGUUCCUCAUGGGCGAGGAGGUGGCCCAGUACAACGGUGCUUACAAGGUGUCGCGUGGGCUUCUCGACCGUUUCGGCGAGCGCAGAGUCAUUGACACGCCCAUCACGGAGAUGGGGUUCACCGGCUUGACCGUCGGCGCUGCGUUGGCCGGCUUGAAGCCCGUGUGUGAGUUCAUGACGUUCAACUUCGCCAUGCAAUCCAUCGACCACAUCAUCAACUCCGCCGCCAAGACCUUGUACAUGUCCGGAGGCAUCCAGCCUUGCAACAUCACCUUCAGAGGCCCCAACGGUGCCGCGGCCGGCGUAGCCGCACAGCACUCGCAGUGCUACGCCGCGUGGUACGGCUCCAUCCCCGGCUUGAAGGUCGUGUCGCCAUACUCUGCGGAGGACUACAGAGGCUUGUUCAAGGCUGCGGUCAGAGACCCCAACCCCGUGGUGUUUUUGGAGAACGAGAUGUCUUACGGUGAGUCCUUCGAGGUCUCCGAGGAGGCCUUGUCCACGGACUACGUGAUCCCCUUCGGCAAGGCCAAGAUCGAGAGAGAGGGUGCCGACAUCACCUUGGUGUCGCACACCAGAAACGUCAUGCACUGUCUCCAGGCUGCGGAGAUCUUGGACAAGCAAUACGGCGUCGCCGCCGAGGUCAUCAACUUGCGCUCCAUCAAGCCUUUGGACGUACCUGCGAUUGUGCAGUCCGUCAAGAAGACCGGCCACUUGGUCACCGUCGAGGCUGGGUUCCCUGCCUUUGGCGUUGGUUCCGAGAUCUGCGCCCAGAUCAUGGAGUCCGAGGCCUUCGACUACUUGGACUCGCCUGUCGAGAGAGUCACCGGAUGCGAGGUGCCCACCCCUUACGCCAAGGAGUUGGAGGACUUUGCGUUCCCUGACGCCGACGUGGUGUUGAGAGCUUCCAGAAAGGUUUUGGGGUUGUAA